AGAUCUAUCUCAAUAAAUGCGGCGGGUGUCACUAAUACAAAAAGUCUCAAGCCAUGGAAGAAAAUACCAGGUCCCACGUCUUUGCCAAUCAUAGGCCAAAUGCAUCAUUUUAUGCCUUGGGGUGAAUUAAAUAAUGCAUUUUCGGUAGAGUUUGGAAAACAUUUAUAUCAGAAAUAUGGACCAAUAGUAAGGUUCGAUGGGUUCUUUGGAAGCACCCCCUUCGUCGUUUUAUUCGAUCCUGACUGCGUGUCGGUCGUACUUCAAUCGGAAAACGUUAUGCCUAUCCGACCCGGAUUCCAAACUCUCACGUAUUAUAGAAGACGUAAAAACAAAGAUAAUCAGCCAAUGGGACUGCUUGCUGAUGUCGGUGAUGCUUGGAAGCAAUUCCGUACGGUGGUGAACCCAGUCCUGCUGCAGCCGGAGGUCAUCAGGCUCUACAGCGAGAAGCUCGACGGAGUCGCGGUGGACAUGGUGGCCAGGUUGAGACGUCUACGUGGCAAAAACGGCAUGAUUCAGAGCCCAUUCGACGUCGAGAUGAACCUUUGGUCUAUGGAAUCAGUUUGUUUGGUGGCUCUCGGGCGGCGUAUCAACUGCCUUGACCCAAAACUGCCCACCCAUUCAACUGAGAGAAGACUUCUGAAUCUCGUCCACGAAAUAUACAAGGUAGCAGAUGAACUGGAUUUCAGACCGAGUUUGUGGAGAUACUUCCCAACGAGAACCUUUAAGAAGGCUAUGAAGUUAUACGAAGAACAAGAAAACACUGCCAGAUAUUUUAUCGACCGAACAAUAGAAGAACUUAAAGCGAAAGGUGGCAGCAAAAUUGAGUCAGAAAAAGGCGUUUUGGAGAAAUUACUUGACAUAAAUAAAGAAAUGGCCGUUCUCAUGGCAUCCGAUAUGAUCACAGCUGGCGUGGAUACGACUUCAAUAACAAUGACUGCGAUAUUGUACCUGCUUGCUAUAAAUCAACACAAGCAAAACAUUCUUAGAGAAGAAGUGAUGUCGCAAAAUGGGAAGAAAACGUACUUGAGGGCGUGUAUAAAGGAGGCCAUGAGGAUGAUGCCAGUCUCUGCGGGGAAUGCCAGGGAAACUACCAAGGACUACAGCCUGCGCGGAUACCACGUACCAAAAGGAAUACAAGUCACAUUUAUGCACCAAGUCAUGUCGCAGAUGGAGGAACAUUACCACAGAGCGCACGAGUUCAUCCCAGAGAGAUGGAUCGCCGACAACGAUGAUCCCUUGUUCUUUGGGAAAGCCAACCCUUUCACUUAUAAUCCCUUUGGAUUUGGUGUUCGUAGCUGCAUUGGUCACCACAUUGCCACUUUAGAGAUGGAAACGCUCCUUACUAGAAUCAUCCAGAACUACAAGGUCGAGUGGCCUGGUGCCCCCGGCAUUGUGGUCCAGUCGUCCACCCUUAACUAUAUUAAGGGCCCAUUCAAAUUUGUUUUUAAAGACGUUUGACUGAACAAACAUGAUUUAUUGAAAUUUUAAUAAUAUA